UUUCCAGGUCUAGGUGCUGCGAUUGAAGAGAUCCAGCUCGAAGAUGUAGACGUGAACCACAUCACCAACCCCCUUUUCGGGAGAGGCAUCAGCAUCCCCCACCUGAUCCUGGACACCCUGGAAGCGUGCAUCGUGUCCUUCCCAACUGGCAUAUCCUACGACGUCUACCCAAACAACAACCUGCCCAGUACUGUGACCGCUCUUGGUGGAGUCUUCGUGUCCUGUGGCAUUGAGUUCAGGAACCCCGAUAUCAGUAUGAGCGGGACCUAUGAGUUGACAGCGCUGACAAGUCACUUCGAUGGUAGAAAGACCUUACAGAGGCAGAAGUUCAAUGUCAACUUCCGUGAGAGUGACCCGUGGUAAACGAUGUGAUGUUGAAGUAUUUGGCUCUGGUGUAAUAAAUUCACUGUACUUUAAUG